CCUAUGUCCAUUUUCUUUUUUUUUCAAAUAUAAGCUCUAAUAUUCUCAUCCUCUAUCUUCUUCUUUUAUUUAUUUAUAUAUAACAUAGAAUGAGGUUGAAUACAUUUAUAUGUCUUUUUGCUAGUAUUUACGUUACAACAGCUCAAUUAACCGCACCUACUCGAAACUAUAAUGUGACAAGCCCUGUUACUAAUGGUCCUUAUGUUGUGGGUCAAAUCUUACCUUGUACUUAUCGUCUCUUUCCAGACGUAGAUAGUUCAGCACUCAUUCUUCAAAUUGAUUUGGAGUCUACAUCCAUGGGUGCAGUCAGUACUAUGAAUGCAACUACUAUGCCUAUUGCUAUUUCCGCUGACGUAGCCAAGACAGAUGCUUUCGUAAAACGUGAGGGUAAUACCACCUACUAUGAACACUCGAUUAACUUUAGUAUUCCAUCCUCUGUCAAGCCUGGAAAUUAUCAUGUUAUAUUUUUAGACAAGUCUACUAAUACCAAGUUACCUAUCCCUAUCGAGAUUCGUCCUGCUGCUGUUUCAACCUUUACAGGUACCAGAACAUCCACAAUAGGUACACCCGGACAAUCUCAAUCACCUGGCUCUAUCUUUGCUCAAGGUGGCGCUUCUUCAAAUACACCUACUAUGAUCACCACUCUUUUAGCACUUAUUGGUGUUGCCUUUGUUGCAUUUUUGUUAUAGAAAAAAAAAAAGAAAGAAGGAGAAAACUUAUUACUAACAUUCAUAUAC